CUUUUGCAUAGAAGGCUGUCCAAGCGAUCGGAAGUAUUGGUGGUUUCGCAAGUACGGUGGACCAAUGACGUCACUACCGCAAUAAGACACCAGCGAUACUCAACUUUGACCUACUGACAACGUGUACAGAAGUCACCGGAGUCAAACAUGGACGAACAAGAAGAGACAAAAAGCCAAGGAGAAGUACAUAUAGGAGUAGAGCCGUCUGUAUCGCCAAGUCAAAGAGACAUUAAACAUGAGGAUAAAUCAGAUGAAAAGGAAGACGGUACGAGCAAGAAGAAAGCGUACCAAGAGGGACAGCGUGUAGGUCCCCACCGGCAACAUAAGGGUAAACCACAGGGAUACUUGGACACGGCUCAACUUAGAGGAAAACAUGGGUGGAAGAGAAACGAACGUGUACCGUAUAGAGAAGAUGCUAAGCCAAGGGCCAAACCCAGAGCGGACGGAUCAGAAAGAGAACGCAAGCGACAAGAUUCUGAUGAAGCUCGAACGGGAAACUACAAUCGAAGAGGGCACAGGGGCCAGAGGCCUCACUUCCCACCCAGGCAAGGUAGCGCGCAUUCAGACAGAACAGGUCACGAUGGUCGAAGUGUCAGGCCAAAGGCCAGAGACACGACUAAAGAAAGGACAGCAGAUCACAAGUUAAAAUCCACGGAUGGAGACGAUAGUGGACGUGGGAGGCAAGGAGGUAAGACACCGCACUCAAACUCCACACCCAAUCUUGCCAUGCAAGGCUCGAGUGAAGUUGGAAAUACUCCUUUGCCUCCAGGUCACUCUGUUGUACAGCCGAAGCCCCACCCAAAGGCUAGGCGUAACGCCUCCGCCCAGAAUGUGACGGCGACACAUCAGCGAAGGCGUCACCACAGCGACCAGCAGGGUGUUAGGCCAAAGUCUUCGCGGCACGAGUUUCGAAAGUCAAGCGAAGGUGACACAAAACAACGAAAGAAGGUUGAGGAAACAGAACGUGGGCAAAUGUUCUAUGGACAACAAGGACGUCACUUUCGUGACCACAGACAGUACCUGUACAGAGUACAACUCAAGCAACUUCCAGAAAUGAAUGCACAACAAUUCCAUACCGUCUUUGCAAAUCAUCCUGGGUUUGACCACGCCUCGAUAGAAUUUGAGAGCGAGUCGAAAGGGUUCGUGUAUUUUGCGACACACAAAGAUGCAGAAAACUUCAGCAAAUCCGUAAGGACAGUCGGUGUGUCAGAGAGAGUUGAUAGAGGAUCAGUAGUGAAGAAAAAGCGCCAUCCGGAGAAAAGGCAACUUACAUUCGAGGACAAGCUGUUGGCUCUCGCUAGUCAGGUAGAUUCUGGCGUCAGGCAAGUUAUCGCAAGUCACAACGAGAAGGUAGAAGAAAUCACAGUAAAGGUCAAUGAGGUUCGCCCAAGUGGUCGAUUUGUUUCCCUUGACGAACACAAGGUCCGAGAACAACAGAGGAAGGUUCUGCAGAUGAAACAGGAGGAGUUGACGAAACAAAGGGAAGAGUUUGAUCAAAGUAUCAAAACCAUUUCCGAAGAGCUCGUCAGUUUGUCACCAGAUGCAGCCACUCGUGCAAGGCUGCUACCGUGCUUCGACACGUGCAGGUGA